GAGCGCCUAGCGUUCCGCAGACACUGACACCUCUUGACACGGAGAUGCACUAAUGUAAUAGGCAGAAAGAAAACUGGGUUUCAUCCCGUCGGUUCCAGGUGGCCUUAUUUGGGCGACUCCGUCCUGACCUUAUUUCUGUGAUGGAGGAUUCGGGCAUCCAGAGAGGCAUCUGGGACGGAGAUGCCAAGGCUGUCCAACAAUGCCUGACGGAUAUUUUCACCAGUGUAUACACAACCUGUGACAUCCCAGAGAACGCCAUCUUCGGUCCCUGUGUGCUGAGCCACACUUCGCUGUAUGACAGCAUCGCUUUCAUCGCGCUCAAGUCCACAGACAAGAGGACGGUACCUUACAUUUUCCGGGUAGACACUUCGGCGGCAAAUGGUUCCUCAGAAGGUCUCAUGUGGCUGCGGCUGGUCCAGUCAGCCAGAGAUAAGGAAGAACAGAAUCUCGAGGCUUACAUAAAAAACGGACAGCUGUUCUACCGCUCUCUGCGCAGAAUUGCCAAAGAUGAGGAGUUACUAGUUUGGUACGGGAAAGAACUGACUGAGUUGCUCUUGCUCUACCCAUCUAGAUCCCACAAAAUGAACGGGUCGUCCCCUUUCACAUGCCUGGAAUGCAGCCAACGUUUCCAGUUUGAGUUCCCCUACGUGGCGCAUCUGCGAUUCCGCUGCCCCAAGAGACUUCACAACGCUGAUGCGAACUCACAGGACGAGCCAAGGGGCGGCGUGGGCACCAAGGACCACGGCGGCGGCGGCGGCAAAGAGCAGCCGCCGCCGCAGCAGCAACAGCAGCAACAGGAGGCAGCGUUGGUCCCGGGCCCCAAGUUCUGCAAAACCGGGCCCAUACACCACUACCCGGCGCCGUCCCCGGAGGCCGGCAACCCACCGGCCGCCGCCGGGGGCGGCAGCGCCAAGCCGUCCACGGACUUCCACAACCUGGCCCGGGAACUGGAAAACUCCCGCUCGGCGGCCCCGAGCGUCGGCGGCCCCGGCCACCAGGAGGCGGAGCUGAGUCCCGACGGCGUCGCCCCGGGAGGCUGCAAGGGGAAGAGGCGGUUCCCGGAGGAGGCGGCGGCGGAGGGCGGCCGCGCGCGCUUCUCGGAGCGUCCGCUGGCGGCCUCCGAGGACGAGCUGGUGUGCACGCCGCAGCAGUACCGCGCCGCGGGCAGCUACUUCGGCCUGGAGGACAACGGCCGGCUCUUCGCGCCGCCCAGCCCGGAGACCGGCGAGGCGAAGCGCAGCGCCUUCGUGGAGGUCAAGAAGGCGGGCCGCGCGGCGGGCCUGCAGGAGGAGGCGGCCGCGGACGGCGCGGGGGGCGCAGCCGAGGACCCCGACGCCGGAGGCGGAGGAGGAGGCGCCGGCUCGGCCACGCCCUCGUCGGGGUCGCCCGGCGGCGCCGAGAAGCUGCUGGCCCCGCGGCCCGGCCGGCUGGAGGGCGGGAGCCCCGCGCGGGGCAGCGCCUUCACCUCGGUGCCGCAGCUGGGGGGCGCGGGGACCUCGGGGGGCUCCGGGGGCGCGGGGGCCGGCCAGGCGGCCUCCCCGGACGAGCGCAAGAGCGCCUUCUCGCAGCCCGCGCGCUCCUUCUCGCAGCUGUCCCCGCUGGUCCUGGGCCAGAAGCUGGGCGCGCUCGAGCCGUGCCACCCGGCCGACGGCGUGGGGCCCACCAGACUCUACCCGGCCGCCGCCGCCGCCGACCCGCUGGCGGUGAAGCUGCAGGGCGCAGCCGCGGACCUGAACGGAGCCUGCGGGCCCCUGGCUGGCGGCGGGGGCGGCGGCGGCGGCGGCCUGCCCAAGCAGAGCCCCUUCCUCUACGCCACCGCCUUCUGGCCCAAGAGCUCGGCCGCUGCUGCCGCCGCGGCGGCGGCGGCGGCGGCCGCGGGGCCCCUGCAGCUGCAGCUGCCCUCGGCGCUCACCCUGCUGCCGCCCUCCUUCACCUCGCUGUGUCUACCCGCGCAGAACUGGUGCGCCAAGUGCAACGCCUCCUUCCGCAUGACCUCCGACCUGGUGUACCACAUGCGGUCCCACCACAAAAAGGAGUACGCCAUGGAGCCCCUGGUGAAGCGGCGGCGGGAGGAGAAACUCAAGUGCCCCAUUUGCAACGAGUCCUUCAGGGAGCGUCACCACCUCUCCAGGCACAUGACCUCGCAUAAUUGAUGCGUAAAAGGACUCCGGUUCCUCCGCGCCUGGGCGCGCGCAAGUCAAGCCACCUGCAGGAGCAGACACGCGAGGACAUCCACCGCUUCCUUCUGCCCCCAAACACUUACUGCAACCGAACACGUGCACAUACAGGUCCCUCCCCUCGCCAGGAGCCUCAUUAUCCAAAUGUCUAACUUGGGACACACACACAAACACACACACACGGGACAGGAUGGUGGAUUGUGGAUUGGGUGGGUUGUUUAGAGGGGGUUUUCUUUUUGAAUGCACGAGUUUUCACUUUCCCAAAAGCAAAGGUACAUUUAAAAAAAAAAUGUCAUAUAUUGCAACAUAUUGAUGCAUUUGUCAUACGUUUCUACUUAAAUUAUUAAGCUCUUAUGGUUUAGAGGUAAUAAUUAUAUGUAAGGACAAAAUUUAUUUUAGAUAUAAAGUAACGAAGGAAGGUGGGCUGCUUUCUGCAUUUCCUGAUGACAGCUGUGUUCUUACAAAAAUAAAAUGGAUAAAAAGGGGGUCGCCGUUCCGUUUACGUUUGCAGGGGGAAGUGCAUGUAUCAUGAAGUGAUUAUGGACUUCAGUGAAGAAUGCCAACAGCUAGGUAAAUAUGUAUUUCCUUUUAAUACAAAGUGUAAUUUUGUGCCAGUGAGAUGGAGUCUGAAUAGUUAUGUGUUUCUUUUAUCCCCAAAAGAUUUAUUAAACUUUAUAGUUUA